AUGUUCCACGUCUGCGAGCAGCAACCGCUCAGAGGGACCGGGUUCCUCCUGGCGGGUUUCCCGGGCUCCCUGGGGCUCCACGCGAGCCUGCGGGCACCAUCCCUGCUGGCCCACCCGCCGACCCUCAUGGAGAACGUGGCUCUCGUCGCUGAUCCGCGCCAGCCUGGCGCUGCACAAGCCCAUGGACUUCUUCCUCGCCACCUGUCCUCCCUGGAGGCGCGGCACGUCCCCGUCACGGUGCCUGGGGCGUUGCUCAGCCCGGCGGCACCCACGUCCCAGCGUGUCUCCCUCGCGGGCUGCCCAGGCUUCUCCCAGAGCGCGCUGCUGGCGUCACGGCCCACGACCGCCACGUGGCCAUGUGUUCCCCGCUGCGCGGCCGCCGGCUCCUGGCUCUGGGCUCCACCAUCUCCCUGGGGAAGGUCGUCCUGGUCCCCCGCCUGGGCUGCUGCGGCCCCAGCGUCAUGGACCACUUCUGCGACGUGUCCCCGCUGCCGAACCUUGCCUGCUCCGACGUGUCGGUGGCGGAGCUCGCGGACCUCCUGCUGGCGCUGCUCGUCCUGCGGGGGCCGCGGGGCUCCCCGGCUUCUCCAUCCGCCGGCCCGAGGCUUCUCCACGUGCCCCGCGCGCCUGGCCGUGCCCGUCGUCUUCACCUGCGCCCGGCCACGCACCAUCUGCACCUUCCACUACAACAAGCUGGUGUCCGCGGUGUACACGGUGCUCACGCCCCUGCCCAACCCGGUCACCUACGGCCUGCGGAACCAGGAGGUCAAGCAGGCGCCGUGCAGGGCGGCACAGAGGGCAGUCGGGCCCUGGGGCCUCCUCCUAGGCCUGCACCUGCCCCCAUCCUGCACCUUCUCACCAGCUCUCCCGGGCAGUGCGGGACCAGAGUCAAGGACUGAAGGAGCAGUCGGAGGGUCCAGUCGGAGGGUCCAAGAGCACGGGGGCCACCGAGACCUGGCUCACCCCCUCCUAAUGCCAGGCAGGCACCCCCUCGGGUUCCCCCCACCCUGA